AUGGACAAGCUUGAAUACACAAAGCUCGCCCCUGAGCCGCCCACGGAGCUGGGGCGUUAUAGGGUCCUGUCCAGCACCGCCGGCGUUAGAGUGUCUCCAUUGUGCUUGGGUGCCUUGUCUAUUGGUAAUGCGUGGCAAGGAGUGCGUCGGUUUCUGCCUGCUUUGGUGGCAAGGCAUGUGCCCUUCAAGCUCGAUGCUAAUGGAUUUAUGCAGUGGUUAGGCAGCAUGAGCAAAGAAGCAUCGUUCAAGCUACUCGAUGCAUACUACGAGGCCGGCGGGAAUUUCAUCGACACUGCUAACAACUAUCAAGAUGAGCAGUCAGAGAAAUGGCUCGGGGAGUGGAUGGCACAGAAGAAGAAUCGCGAUAUGCUAGUCAUUGCGACGAAAUAUACCUCGGAUUAUCGCAGCCACCUUAUUGGGAAGGGCAAGGCCGUAAACUACGCAGGCAACCAUGGGAAAAGUCUCCAUAUCUCCAUCAAGGCCUCCCUCGACAAGCUCCAGACGGACUAUAUUGACCUUCUCUACGUUCAUUGGUGGGACUGGACGACAUCGAUCAAGGAAGUCAUGGACAACCUUCAUAUUCUUGUCCAACAGGGUAAAGUUCUUUACCUUGGUAUUUCCGAUACACCGGCCUGGAUAGUCGCCAUCGCCAAUCAAUACGCCGUGACCCAUGGCAAGACACCCUUUAGUGUCUACCAGGGCCGCUGGAAUGUGAUGCUCCGUGAUUUUGAGCGUGAGAUUAUACCCAUGGCUCGCCACUUUGGCAUGGCACUCGCACCGUGGGACGUGAUCGGAGGAGGCAAAUUCCAGUCCAAGACACAAAUCGAAGAGCGAAAGAGGGCGGGUGAAGGGCUGCGUUCCGAGCAGACUGAGCAGGAAGCCAAAAUCUCCGCCGCGCUGGAAAAGGUCGCGAAGGAGCACGGUCUGGAGAGCCUCAGCGUCAUUGCGCUCGCGUACGUAAUGCAGAAGGCGGGCGCCCUGAAUGUCUUCCCCAUCGUUGGAGGGAGAAAAGUCGAGCAUCUACACGACAACAUCAAGGCUUUGAGCGUCAGGUUGACGGCUGCGCAGAUCAGCUACCUGGAAAGCCAGACGGAUUUCGACGUCGGGUUUCCCAGCAACUUCGUGGGCGAGAGCCCAGCAGCCACGGGACAUAGUCCACCCCUGCUUGCCGCGGUGGCGCAGAUUGCGUAUCCGGUCCCGGCACAGCCGUUCGUCAAGCAGUAA